AUGGGAAGAAAGAAGAUGGUAGAAAAGACAUAUCUUGAUUUUUCUUCAGUCUUUGACAAUUUCCAGGAGACAGUGUCACAAAAUGAAGAUUUGAAAAUCAAGGGCAAAAAUGACUUACAAUCUUCCUCCAAGGUAUCUGAGGAAGAAGAGGGUGAUUAUGAGACUGUAAGUUCCUCCACUCUGGAGGCCAUCCAUGCUUUGAAAAUCCUUCCUGCCAAACCUCUACAAGAAUCUGAAUAUGCAGAUAAACGUUGUUUAAGGCCUUCAGGUACGACUUCCCCAGGGAACACUCAGCACACAUCUCAGACCCUUCAGUCCUCAGCUAAACACACAUCUGUUCUGGAGGGGAGGAGCACACCAAGUUUUAAAGGAGAACAAAUAAAAAUACAUGGAUCCCAGGAGCCUGUGCCUCCCCCACGGCCUCUGAAGACACUGCCAAAGCAGUAUCAGCCACUUCCUCCAGAGCCGAAGACAAGCAGCCAGUUCUUUCACGCGAGGAAAGCGCUCAGCCAAGCUCACACUUUUCCAGUAUCAGCAAAAGACACAAGACAUCUAUCUGUUAAGGAACUAAACAAAGUAUCUGGAAGAGAAAAAGUUACAGAGUUGGGGAAGAAACCUGAAAUAUAUUUUCAAGCACAAGAGUAUAAAUCAAAGCAUCACCCUGAAGCCAGCCUUCAGUGCAAGCAGAGCUCUAAAAACAUUUGCAGCUCAGGGUCCGUGUUAAAUGUAGCAAAUUUGUCAGUGAAGAAGUCACCAUCUCCUACACAGUAUACAGCAUGCAAAACUAAAUCAAAACGUUCACUUGUAAAACUGGAAAUGCAAUCCCCUACCCAAUCCACUGAAAAGGACUUAAACAAAUAUGAAUGGUACAUUGGAGAAUAUGAUCGCCAUGAAGUAGAGAAGGCACUGUUACAGGAAAACAUUGAUGAGACAUUCUUGGUUAGAGAUUGCUCAAAGAAAUCAAACAGUGAACCGUAUGUUUUGGUUGUCUAUUACGGAAGAAGAGUAUACAACAUUAAAGUACGUUUUCUGGAAGACAGCCAACAAUACGCGCUGGGAACAGGGCUUAGAGGAGAUGAUAAAUUUAAUUCUGUGAAAGAGAUCAUUGACUUCUACAAAUGCGUUCCCAUCACACUCGUUGACGGAAAGUAUAAGUCAGGAACGCAGAGAGAACAAUGUUAUCUUACAUAUCCAUUUCAGUUGCGCAACAGAUGUUUUCUGCCUUAAUGUCACCAAUUUGCUUGUAUAGAACAAUUAUUUAAAUGUCUCAAAAAACAGAUUAGCCUUUGAAUGAGGAGCUCCCCGUAGUAUUAGGAAGCACUCUACACUGCUCCACUGAAAAUUCCUCUCCAAGUGAGAACACAAAUCAGCUCAAUUUUUUUAUUCAUUUUUAAC